CCAUGCACUGCACGCGUUAGCUUUUCCUUCUCUAACACAUGACUGACCUCAUAAAGGGUUUUAAAAUUGCCUGAAUAGAGGAACCAGGUGUUUUGAAGCGGGGAGACAGCGAUAAAACGAAUAAAAACUGGAUAUAUUUUACCCAGGCCUAGUACGAGGACUGGAAAGCACGGAUUGAAACCUUGCACAUCAGGACACAGCUCUAAGCAAUAAUGUAAACAAUUAAAAAAAAAUACUCACCGCACUGAAAUUUGUUCCACAGUUGUUGUAAAGGACAUUAACCAGAGAGUCCAGACUUGCUGAAACCACCUGUGUGUGCUCUAUAGCCCAACAGAGGCUGAGGGCUUGGUUCACUCUCACCUGGAGUGACGCAGAGAGAAGAAAAAGAGGGAGAGAUUGUAGCAGGAGAGACGGAGCAGCACUUCUGAGGAGCUAACUACAAAACAACUCGCCGAAAGUGCAUGAAAGGCAAGUUUUUCCGUCUGAACGUACUUCUGAAUAUACAACUGCUCGUGUGACUGCGGUUUAGAGAUUGCAACAAUGGUCCACUGACAGCCGCAAACAGAUGUUCCCUGUGUGACAGAAAGCCCCUCAGUACUUCCUUUCCAGAGCAAAACUUCAACAGGCCCACCAUGUCUCACAGGCAAUCCCAGGGAUCCAUGGGGGACCAGUCUCCCCUCCUAUUGGAGAACAUGUUUUCUUCUCAACUUCGUGUGGACCAGCAAUCUAGACGAUCUUCUUCAAACACAGACCUUUCCCAGCCCGAGGAGGCCAAACGGACCCCCGUUGUGCUCAGCACUCAGAGCGAAGCGGCUUGGAAGAGGGGCACCCAGCAACUCAUCCCCAAGAACCUGGCAGUGAGCAGCCGCCCCAAGAACCGUCACCACACCACAGUAGUCACCAUGCCGGUCGUUCUGGAGGCCCAGAAGAACACCCAGCGCUUUUCCCACAACCCAGACAUCUCCUGGGAGGACUACGACAGUGAUGGAGGUGAUGGCUUCUCCAUGCGCAGGAACCGGAGGAACAAAUCGUACAGAGCUGCGGUCACCAGCCUCGUCAGUGACGUCUCCUGCAAACAGGACCUACUGCAGCCAGUCGCUGAGGAAAGGGCACCCAGCCCAAAGCCAGCUUCCAGCCCAGGACGCAAGAGAACCUUGGGGAGGAAGAGGAACCAGAAACACGGAGGAUCCUUUAAAGAUGAUCCGAGGUUCUACCAGGAGAUUAAAGAGCGAGGCCUGCAGUCCAACGCUCUAGGCACAGAUGAUGAUGACUUCACCCAAAUGCCAGAGGAGGACCAAGGAAUCGUGGUGAAGAACUACAAAGCGGCAUACAUGACCUGGAGCCAGCUCCCUCGGGUGCAGGAGAGGGGCAUUCUGGAGACAAUCACUCCUGAAGAGCGUAAGAGGCAAGAGGCCAUCUUUGAGAUUAUGACAUCUGAGUACUCCUAUCAGCACAGCUUGAGCAUCCUGGUGCGGCAUUUUAAAGCCAGCGAGGCCUUGAGGAAGACCUUGACCACGACUGAGCACCAUCACCUGUUCUCCAACAUCUCCGUCAUCCAGCAAGUCAGCAAACGGUUUUUUGAGGAUCUUGAGAGGCGUCACCAAUUAAACCCUGUCAUUCAGGACAUCAGCGACAUUGUACAGGAUCACGCUACCAACCACUUUGAGCCAUAUAUUGUCUAUUGCUCUAAUGAAACCUUCCAGCAGAGGACGCUGCAGAAACUACUAGUGAGCAACACAGCCUUUAAGGAGGUGCUGAAGCAGAUUGAGUGCAGUCCUGAAUGUGGCGGAUUACCCAUGAUCUCUUUCCUCAUUCUGCCCAUGCAGAGGGUCACCCGCCUGCCUCUGCUGAUGGAUACCAUCUGUCAGAAGACCACCAAACAGACGCCUGAAUACUAUGCAGCUCGCUGGGCGCUGAAGGCCAUCAGCAAGCUGGUGAAAAGCUGUAAUGAUGGAGCCCGAAGGAUGGAGCGCACUGAGCAGAUGUACACCAUCCAGAAACAGAUGGAGUUUGGGAAGAUCAAGCCGUUCCCAUUGGUCUCAUCCUCUCGCUGGCUGCGGAAGAGAGGUGAGCUGGCCAUGUGCCUGGAGGAGCUGGGCAUCUUCUGGAAGGCUUUCAGCCACAAGAGCUAUUACCUGUUUGUCUUCAACGACGUGCUUAUCGUCACUAGGAAAAAAAGUGAGGAGAGCUACGUGGUAUGUGAUUACGCCACUCUGGAGAAUGUGGAGGUAGAGGAAGAGCAGGUCGACUCUAAGCUCUACCUGCGGCUGGCCAUGAAGCCCAACAGUGAGGGGCGCUGUGAACAGAUGGCAUUAGUGGCUGAAAACAAGCUGGACAGAGCUCGCUGGGUCAGGGCUCUGCGCAGGCACAAGGAAGCGGAGAGUAUCUUUAACAAAGAUGAUCUGCCUCAAUACGAGGCCACCAAAGCCUAUAUGCCCAAAGAGCCAGACGAGCUGAGUCUCCAGCAGGCUGAAGUGGUCAUCGUCCUGCAGGAAGUGGAUGGUUGGUGUUACGGGGAACGGAUGAGGGAUGGUGAAAGAGGCUGGUUUCCAGCCAGCUGUGCCACACAGAUCACCAACCGUACUGCUCUGGAGUCCAACAUUCAGCGCAUGGAGCGACUUCGCAAAGAGACCAAUGUUUGAUAAGACUUUGAAACUACAUGUUACUUUCCCACCAAAGGACUGCAUGUGUCAGCUACUUCAGAAAGGGUGGAGAUUUUAUAGUGGGUUUGUGACUUUAUAGCAUGAAUGAAUUACCCAGUUCUCUGCACAACUAAAUGAAUUCCAAAUAGAGACCAAACA